AACAUUCCACCUUUCCCUUCGCCGCCGGCCACGAUGAGUGCAUAAACCCGCAUCGGUCAGAUCGUGAUUCGGUGCGCACUGAUCUCAAUCUUCCCAUCUUCUGAUCCUCUGCAUUCAAGCCACCGAUGCCGCCGUCUUGGCGAGCAGGACUUGUCAAUGCCUUUCCCAUACCCGAAGACCGACUGCCUUCGAAAAAGGGCCUGAAAAAGCAGAUUCUGGGUAACAAUGAGAACAAGCCCGAGACUACGGACGAAGCCGACGAAACUGCGUUACUUGGCGAACCGUUCCCAUUCUUCCAACUGCCCGCAGAGAUCCGUAACAAGGUCUACGCCCUGGUCCUGUUUAGUUCCGGAGGAGUCAAUGGUCGGAAGAAAAGCCGCACCUCACUCCUCUUGGCCAACAAGCUGAUGCAUCAAGAGGCAUCGUAUAUUCUCUACAGCUCAUUGAGCUUCAGGAUUUUCUACAUACAGGAUUUCACAUCCACGCCACUUUACCAGGACUUGCGGCUGAUGUACCGCUCAGUGGUGACCAAGUUGGAAAUGGUGAUAGGCUCCAGCUGGACGAGUCCACCAAAGACGUGGCGGGUUGGUAAACUCCUGGCACGACGCUUGGGAAGGUCAUCCGCAGUUCAGACACUGAAGAUAUUCGUGCAAGCAGACCCGAGUCUACCCAUGUAUGAGAAAUGGAGGAUCUCACUAGACUUCUACACGGACUUCUGCGGAGACCUGCUUCGUGACGUCCUUGCCACAAUGCCGCAUCUCAAGUUUAUCGAGCUCGAUGGUAACCCUGAUAUUGAGGUUGCUGGGCCGCUGGUAUCUCGAUUGCUGGCUGAGGCCGAAGCCAAGGGGAAAACUUGCACUCUCGCACCAACCAAAGCCGUUGCUACUCCAGGAGGUCUAAAGAUGGUUUUCCGAGGAUGAGAUGAAUUAUGAAAAUUAUGAUGUGAAACGAUCAUUUUUCAAAUCACGUUUACCCUUUGCCAAAGCAUGUGCAUCCUGAUUUCGUGCCUUUCUGCCCAACAGGUGCCGCCUAGUAUGCAUAAUAGCUUGACACAGGUGAAGGAGUUUGCCAGGGUCGUUAAGCCUGAGGGAUUCAGAAUAGCGACUAUCUUCGAUGAUAUCUGGGUUCAGGAUGCGUUCAAGGCUGAGGUAGAUCGGCUCUCAGACCAGGUCGGAGUGUUGUCUGCGAUUGGGUUCGGUACGGUUGCGAACGCCGGCGCAAGGCUACUUGUGUUACAAAAGUUAUAGUCAUUCCUGCUCGUCAAUGAAGCGUCCAGAACCAGGGUCAACUAGGAUCCUCGACUUGACGCAAUCAAGGCCUGCGAAAGCCCAGGAGCGCACAUCAAGGGGGAGCUGCACUGGUAAGUAAUGGGAUAUGCAGAAUCGUUAAUCGUGGUCUCUGCGGGGUC